CUACCACUUCUAUAAUGGAGUGUCACGCGAUGUCGCACUUCUGCACAUUGAACAGACGAUGCACGGCGUGGAAAUACUGUCUCGCGUUACUCCGCUCUGCUUGCCUUCUCAAAACGCAGACUUCGUCGGCGCCUACUGCGUGAUCACUGGAUCGGGAAUACAAAAUGAUGGCACUCAGCCAAGGACGCUUAGGUAUGUUCCUAUGCCUGUACUACAACCCGAAUACUGCGCCCGUUUCGUCGGUGAAAGGGCUGUUGCAGAGGGCAUGAUGUGUGCUGGCCAACUGGGAAAACAGCAAGGAGCCUGUUUUGGUGACUCUGGUGGGCCACUGCAGUGUACUUUUGACCAUCACGUGUGGUUCCUGGCUGGCGUAAUAUCCCGGGGUGACUGCUACAGGACGCAUCAGCUGCCUCUUGUGCUCACCAGUGCCUCUGCAUUGGCGCAGUGGAUUCUUCACGUGAUUGGAGACUCCCAUGUGCAGAACCCUUUAUGGAACGCUGCACCGAAUGUGUUGAAUCAAGUCACGGCUCCGCAACUAUACUGGAAACUUUAAAGAACCAAGCAACUAACCAGGACGUUGGAUGAUUUAUCUCACGAGUAUAGCUCUUGCAUUCAGAAGGUCUAGAUCAAUAUGGAAAAUUCGAAUGAAAGAAUUUCAUUUAUUUAUAAAGAAUCCGGUGCAAAACUAAAAUAAUUACUACAAGUCGCAGUACUCCGGCAUUAUGUAUGUUUACGUACCACGUUACUGCACAUCGCUAAAGACGCCACGGUUAUAGUCAAAUCGGGUGUGUUUCUGUGCACGAAGACUUUGCCAUUGUUCUAUGAUCUUCAGUAACCGGCUAAAUAUGGUUUCUGCCAAGAUAAAAACUUAAGCUAACCCGGAGCUUCCAGCCCUGGCGACUGCGUGACUGACUUCCAAUAUUGGUUUACCUC